AUGGAAAAAGACGACAAAGAAAAGGGUUUCAAGGCGGACCCUCCCGCUGCCCCCUUGCCAGCCUACGAUGAAAUCACCAGCGCUCCUGUCCAUGAAGGGACGGUCGAAGGCCAGGCUCAGUUGAGUUUCUGGACACGCAUGGGAUGUACGUCUGAGUCGUUCAAAAGGAGGACCCUCGCAGACAAGCACAACCAAUUGAACCAGACCCUGAAGAGUCGACAUUUGCAUAUGAUUGCGAUUGGUGGCAGCAUUGGCGCUGGUUUGUUCGUGGGCUCUGGAGGUUCGCUGUCCACUGGCGGACCAGCUUCGGUACUGAUCGAUUUCGCCAUUAUUGGUGUGAUGAUGUUCAACGUUGUGUACGCUCUUGGCGAACUGGCGAUCAUGUACCCAAUCUCUGGAGGUUUCUAUACCUAUUCCACGCGGUUCAUUGAUCCAUCAUGGGGCUUUGCCAUGGGUUGGAAUUACGUUUUCCAAUGGGCGAUUGUUUUACCCCUCGAACUUACUGUUGCAGCCAUGACUAUCGGAUACUGGCAAGUUGAUGUCAGUAUAGGAGUCUGGAUCACGCUUUUCCUGGUUGCUAUUAUUCUCAUAAAUGUCUUCGGCGUCCUCGGCUACGGAGAGGAGGAAUUUUGGAGCAGUUGUCUAAAGCUUGCUGCUAUCAUCAUCUUCAUGAUCAUCGCCCUGAUUUGUGUCUGCGGUGGUGGACCUGAGAGGGGCCUUUAUUCGAAGUACUGGGGAGCCCGGCUUUGGUAUAACCCUGGCGCAUUCGCUGGUGGCUUCAAGGGCUUCUGCGCCGUCUUCGUUACUGCAGCUUUUGCUUUCUCUGGAACAGAGUUGGUCGGUCUCGCUGCGGCAGAAUCCAAAACACCUGUUAAAUCUUUGCCUUCCGCAGUGAAGCAGGUCUUUUGGCGUAUCACGUUGUUUUAUAUCCUCGCUCUCUUCUUUGUCGGUCUCCUCGUCCGCCAUGAUGAUCCUCGGUUGCUCGGAAGUGGCUAUAUUGAUGUGAAAGCCUCUCCGUUUGUCAUUGCUGCCAAGGAUGCUGGACUUGACGGGUUUGACAGCUUCAUGAACGUGGUUAUCCUAAUUUCCGUUUUGUCCAUUGGAAAUUCAAGUGUCUAUGGUGGUUCCCGAACCCUGACAGCUCUGGCUGAGCAAGGGUAUGCCCCUAAGCUUUUUGCCUACGUUGAUCGUGCCGGCAGACCUUUGGUAUCAACAGUUACCAUUAUUAUCUUCGGCGCCCUAGCCUAUAUCAAUUUGACCGCCAAGGGUGAGGAUAUCUUUGCCUGGCUCCUUGCUCUCUCCGGUCUUGCUGCACUGUUUACAUGGGGAAGUAUCUGCUUCGCGCACAUUCGCUUCCGCGCUGCCUGGGCUUACCACGGCCACUCCGUUGCUGAACUUCCAUUCACAGCUGCUUGGGGUGUUUGGGGAUCGUGGUUCGGUCUGGCUCUAGUUGUAAUUGUUCUUAUUGCACAGUUCUACGUCGCGGUUGCUCCUCGGAAUGCAGAGGCUUUCUUCAAGUCAUACCUGGCGGCCCCGAUUGUUCUGUGCUUUUGGGUCUGUGGUUAUUUCUGGAAGGGACAAGGCUGGCUGAAGAUUAGCCAGAUCGAUGUUGAUUCUGGACGCCGCGAAAUCGACUGGGAGGAGCAUAAUCGUGUUCAAGAGAGGAUUCGCAACUCUCCCAUUUGGGUUCGUGUUUACCACAAACUGUUCUGA